AUUACCACGGAAUUAUUUUGAUGUUUUUGUGUAUGAUGUGUGGUUGGUUCCAUAGCAUCAUUGAUUGAAUAAGUCAAUGUGCAAAUUUGCUUGCAGGUUUGAGAAUAAGGUCGGAUUGGAAAGAAGGCCAAGGUUAUUUGCAACAAGAUCAAAUCCUCGGGCCGGAGAUUUUGCCACACAGAAAUCAGAUGGAAAUGCAAUUGAAGCAGGUCAUAGUGGCGAAGAAGGCCCUCCAUUCCUGACGAUUUUGGCUGGAUUCAUAGUGUUUUUGCUUGUUUGUUGGAUCCUUGCAUCCGUGGUAAUGUGGGUGAUUGGAUUAAUCAUUAGGUUGCUUCCAUCAAAAUAGAAAGGGUUUAAUUCAGGCUCUAGCCUGUUUGUUUGUUGUUGCAUUGCACUCAUGUCCAGACUCCAGUAACUCAAAAAAUAAUCGAAAUGUUAAAUG